AGCGAUUCUAUUCCCUAUAAUCAAACUCUUUUCAUCUAUUUAAACCCCCCACACGCUUGCUUCAUUUCACAACACCAAUUAACCGCAAAUAACGAUGACUUCUCUCCAGUACUUUUCUCUCAACCGUCCUGUUUUUCCGGCUACCCAUCUCCACCGUCCGGGCAUCAGGCACCUUCAGGUGAGCGCGUGCGCCAACGUGGAAGUUCAGGCGCCGAGUUCCGUGAAGAAGCAAGGGGUGAGUAAGGAGGUGAUGGAGGCGGCGGGGAGGGUUCUGGUGGGAACGUAUGCCAGAGUGCCAGUGGUGCUUUCCAGGGGCAAAGGCUGUAAAUUGUACGAUCCCGAGGGGCGAGAGUAUCUGGACUUGUCGGCCGGGAUCGCCGUGAACGUGCUCGGACACGCCGACUCUGAUUGGCUCCGGGCGGUAACAGAGCAGGCCGCUACGCUCACCCACGUCAGCAAUGUCUUUUAUUCAAUCCCUCAGGUGGAGCUCGCAAAACGCCUUGUGGCCUCUUCUUUUGCUGAUCGUGUAUUUUUCUCGAACUCCGGAACAGAAGCUAACGAAGCUGCUAUAAAAUUCGCAAGAAAGUUUCAAAGAUUUACACGCCCCGAUGAGAAACAGCCCGCAACGGAGUUCGUUUCCUUUAGCAACAGCUUCCAUGGGAGAACUAUGGGGUCCCUUGCGUUGACGAGCAAAGAGAAUUACCGAUCACCCUUCGAGCCCGUCAUGCCCGGAGUUACUUUCUUGGAGUACGGAAAUAUAGAAGCUGCAACACAACUGAUUCAGCGCAGAAAAAUUGCUGCUGUGUUUGUGGAACCGAUCCAGGGUGAAGGCGGCGUAUAUAGUGCAACAAAGGAGUUCUUAUAUGCCUUGCGUAAAGCUUGUGAUGAUUCUGGUUCUCUCCUGGUUUUUGACGAGGUUCAAUGUGGAUUGGGCCGUACUGGUUAUCUUUGGGCACAUGAAAUAUAUGAUGUAUUCCCUGAUAUAAUGACACUUGCCAAGCCUCUUGCCGGAGGUCUUCCCAUAGGAGCUGUGCUAGUGACUGAAAAAGUUGCCUCCGCCAUAACUUAUGGAGAUCAUGGAACCACUUUUGCCGGCGGCCCCCUUGUCUGUAAAGCCGCCCUUACCGUUUUGGAUAAAAUCUUGAGACCUGGCUUUUUGGCCAGUGUUUCAAAGAAAGGUCACUACUUUAAAGAGAUGCUGAUUAAAAAGCUAGGAGGAAAUUCUCAUGUGAGAGAAGUACGAGGUGUAGGCCUUAUUGUUGGGAUAGAACUGGAUGUGUCUGCCUCGCCGCUUGUCAAUGCUUGUCUAAAUUCUGGCCUUCUUGUAUUAACUGCUGGAAAAGGAAAUGUUGUUAGGAUUGUGCCACCAUUGAUCAUCACAGAGCAGGAAUUGGAGAAGGCAGCUGAGAUUCUGCAUCAAUGUUUGCCGGCACUUGAUCGACAUGGGUAACUGAAACAAGGAAUGCUAAUUUCAGUACUGUCUUGUUGCAAGUGAUCAGAACUGUAACAUGUUCAUACUGAUAAAAUAAUAUCAUUCCAAACAUGUUUUCUAGGUGAUUGAGAAAAGUUAUGCAUGUUCAACCAAUUUCUUCUGCUUGAUCGAGAAAUAUCACUCGAUCUCAAUGUUACAAUCUUGUCUUGAUUUGAAAAAAUAUAUAAAUAUCUGCUAAGAGUGCUAUAUAUAACUA